AUGAAGGCUGGAGAAUCUGUUGAUGAGUAUUUUGCAAGGACGUUGACAAUCACAAAUCGAAUGAGGAUACAUGGAGAGAAGAUGGAUGAUAUGACAAUUAUAGAGAAAAUUCUACGCUCCAUGACAUCUAAGUUUGACUAUGUGGUAUGUUCAAUAUCAAAUGACAUUGAUACUAUGUCAGUAGAUGAGUUACAAAGUUCACUGUUAGUGCAUGAACUGCGCAUGUCAAACUAUAUUGAGGAAGAGCAAGCUCUCAAAGUGACUCAUAUUGGAAAUGUCUCUGGAAGAAGCGGAGGUCGAGGAAGCUUUAGAGGAAGAGGAAGGGGACGUGGUCGUGGUCGUGGCACUAGAGAAGGAAGUUUUUAA